AUGACCAACAGUACUUACCUCUUACAGAUCCAAAGAAUCAAAACCACCAAAGGGUCGACCAACGUCUUGUGGGACAGUGCAGCAUCUAUUUGUCUUAUCACGUACAGUAAAGCUAAAGAAGAGAAACUGCAUGGCAAACAAGUUCAACUGUCGAUCACCAAGGUGGGUGGAAUAGAUUAGAAGCUUACAUCGCACCUGUACCGGGUCCCUUUGGUAAACCAAUACGGCAAAACUGUGUUUAUCAAAGCUUACGGGAUAGAAAGAAUCACAUCGGACAUCCAAGCUGUCAAUUUUGAUGGUAUUGUUCAUUUGUUCAAGGGCGUUAGUGCCGAAGAAGUCGCAAGACCGACUGGACCAUUCGACCUACUGAUUGGCUACGAGUAUGCAGGGUUUCAUCCACAGCUAGAAAGAAGAAACGGACAUCUUCUGCUACUGAAAAACCAGUUUGGAAAAUGCAUUGGUGGCAAACACCCAAGCAUCAAAGAAAUUCACCCAACCAGUGAGUUGACUAGUGCCCGAGCCAAUCAUGUCAAUGCCAUUAAUGUCGAGGACAUCUACAACAUUGAAGGUCUGGGGGUAGCUUGCUCACCAUGCUGUGGAGGUUGUAAAUGUGGAAAGUGUCCACCUUCUGCUACUGAAAAACCAGUUUGGAAAAUGCAUUGGUGGCAAACACCCAAGCAUCAAAGAAAUUCACCCAACCAGUGAGUUGACUAGUGCCCGAGCCAAUCAUGUCAAUGCCAUUAAUGUCGAGGACAUCUACAACAUUGAAGGUCUGGGGGUAGCUUGCUCACCAUGCUGUGGAGGUUGUAAAUGUGGAAAGUGUCCACCUUCUGCUACUGAAAAACCAGUUUGGAAAAUGCAUUGGUGGCAAACACCCAAGCAUCAAAGAAAUUCACCCAACCAGUGAGUUGACUAGUGCCCGAGCCAAUCAUGUCAAUGCCAUUAAUGUCGAGGACAUCUACAACAUUGAAGGUCUGGGGGUAGCUUGCUCACCAUGCUGUGGAGGUUGUAAAUGUGGAAAGUGUCCACCUUCUGCUACUGAAAAACCAGUUUGGAAAAUGCAUUGGUGGCAAACACCCAAGCAUCAAAGAAAUUCACCCAACCAGUGAGUUGACUAGUGCCCGAGCCAAUCAUGUCAAUGCCAUUAAUGUCGAGGACAUCUACAACAUUGAAGGUCUGGGGGUAGCUUGCUCACCAUGCUGUGGAGGUUGUAAAUGUGGAAAGUGUCCAAAGGGAAGCAAUGAUUACACCCUCAAAGCAGAGAGAGAACUGAAGCUGAUCGAAAGCAAAUUGACGUUUGACGACGAAGAGAAGAAAUGGACCGCAGAAUACCAGUGGAUAAGAAAUCCGCAAGAAUUACCAGACAACAGAUGGGCAGCAAUGAGAGAUGCGAAUGAAGAAGAGCUAAAUAGUGAAAUGGAGCAAAACAAUGAAAUAACAAGUGAUGUUGAAGAAAGACAAGUUGAUGAGGAAAGACCACACGUUGGCCAAGCUCAUGAAAGUCAUGAAUCAAGAGAAGUGGAGGAAACACAGAGACUUGUUAAAGUGAACGGUGAAGGGAGUCGAUCAAGUGAGAGAAACGAAAUACCGAGAAGACAAGCAAAAAGAGUUGUCGAACCGAGCAACACGACGAGAAAAAUACUUACGCACGUUGGUGAGAAGAGGAAAGGCAGUCCUGAUGUACAACUUCUUGGUAGAAAGAGAAAAGACACCGAUGGACGGAACGAACAAAAGAAUGUUGUUGAUAAAAAAGAAACUGCAGCGAGAGAUGUUAUUGCAAGGCAAGACAUUGAGACAAGGAAGAAUGAUGUGAGGGUACAAAACAAGCGGAGAGUUGUUCGGGCAGUCGGUGACACAAACCUCACUGCGGAACGCAACAUCGGUGCAACGAGUGAUUUUCUUAUUACGAAAGUCAUCAAAAGAGCAAAGAAUGAUGGUGGUGCAAGAAAUGAUGAAAAGGCGAAGGAAAGUUCUGGCACCAGAAUGAGCGCUGAGCAGAGAAAUGAGGGUGAUAUGACCAGCAACAUAACAGAGAUCACAAGGAAAGAUGUUGCCGCCCACAAUAAUAGUGACUCCAAGGAAGAUGCUGGCAGUGUACUCAGUGGCGAAAAAAGUGACAACAGUAACACCACACAUGUUCACAUAAGGAAUGGCGACGUGCGAAAUUCUGAUGCAAGAAAGAGUCAGGAAGGUGGUGGAAAAACCUUGACGGACACAUCAAGAAACAAUGAAGACUCGAACGAGGCAAUUCGUAAGAGUUUGGAAGGAAAACCAUUCAUUUUCUCCGUGUGUGGUAAAUGA